AGAUGGAGCAAACCUGUGAUGAUAUAGAUGAAAUGUUCAGCAAUUUACUUGGGGAGAUGGACAUGUUGACUCAGAGUUUAGGAGUAGAGACUGUACAGCCUCCAUCCCCCAAAGUGUCCAACAAUGAAUUCAGCUUUACAGUUGGUUUUAAAGAUUUAAAUGAAUCCCUAAAUGCCCUAGAGGACAAAGACCUGGAUGCUUUAAUGGCUGAUCUUGUAGCAGACAUAAAUGAUGUUGAACAGAGAACUUUACAAGCCCAGAAAACUUCUGGCAACCAGCAAAGUACACUCACUCAGCCUUCAACAGCCUUGGAUAGUGACAUUUGUUCUAAAUUAAGUCCCAUUACUGGACAGUUUGGGGAUGACUUGCCCCCUCCACCUCCAGACUCUGAUUUAGACCUUCCACCACCACCGCCACCUCCCACUGAGCCACUCACCCAGGAAGAACGAGAGGCACAGGCUAAAGCUGACAAGAUUAAACUUGCAUUGGAGAAACUGAAGGAAGCCAAAGUUAGAAAGCUUGUUGUCAAGGUGCACAUGUACGAUAACAGCUCAAAGUCACUAAUGGUGGAUGAGCGUCAGGUGACGCGGGAUGUUUUAGACAACCUCUUUGAGAAAACCCAUUGUGACUGCAACGUCGAUUGGUGUCUGUAUGAAAUAUACCCAGAACUGCAAAUUGAAAGAUUUUUUGAAGACCAUGAAAAUGUUGUUGAAGUGUUAUCAAACUGGACCCGAGACACUGCGAAUAAGAUUAUGUUUUUGGAAAAAAGUGAAAAAUAUGCUUUAUUUAAAAAUCCCCAGAACUUCUACCUUGCAAGCAAAGGAAGGAAUGAAAGCAAAGAAAUGAAUGAUAAAAACAAAGAGGCUUUACUGGAGGAAAGCUUCUGUGGGACAUCUGUCAUUGUGCCAGAGCUUGAAGGGGCCCUUUAUUUAAAAGAAGAUGGAAAAAAGUCCUGGAAGAGGCGUUAUUUUCUUCUACGAGCUUCUGGAAUUUAUUAUGUUCCCAAAGGAAAAACCAAGACCUCACGGGAUCUGGCAUGCUUCCUUCAAUUCGAGAAUAUGAACGUCUAUUAUGGUUCUCAACACAGACUGAGAUAUAAGGCACCCACAGAUCACUGCUUUGUCUUAAAGCAUCCCCAGAUUCAAAAGGAGUCACAAUAUAUCAAGUACUUAUGCUGUGAUGAUCAAGCAACCCUGCACCAGUGGGUAACAGGAAUAAGAAUUGCCAAGUAUGGCAAGCUGCUGUAUGAUAAUUACAAACGUGCAGUGAAGAAGGCUGCCUUGUCCUCUCGAUGGGCAAAUCGGGGAACAGUGGAAUCAGCUGCCCCUGCAGGAUCCUUACCAGCAGGUGCUGUUCAGUCAAAUGGACAGGUUCCCCAAAUUGUUUGUCAUUCCAGUGCAGAAUUUCCAGAGACUCAGAAGAAAGCGAGUACAUCAGAGGCUAAGUCAAAUAACAUCAUUGCACCUGGCCUGGCGCAGCCAGUGAUGAGGCCACAGAAAUUCCAGAGUAAGAGGAACUCGCUGCAGCCUCCUCCUCCACCUGAAAGGCGGUCAUCUGCUAUUUCUGCUUCACCGAUUCUACCCUCCAAAGUCAAACGAGACAGCGGCAUUUUCCUAACGGAUCCAGAUACGUUUCCAGCGCCACCACCUGCGCUGAAGGUUGAUUUUCCACCACCACCAUCUGAUUUCUGUGAACCUCCUCCUGAUUUUGUGCCGCCACCACCACCACCACCGGCCUCCAGCAGCAGUAAUGGAGACCUGCCAUUACCUCCUCCACCUCCACCUGUCUCCACUAAACCACCACCUCCAACAAAGAAACCUGUGCCACUUCCAUCAAAAAGGCUGGAAAACACUGGACAAGCUGGAGAGCCACAGUCAGCUGGGCCACCUCCAACUGGGGGUGGAGGCAGGCAAGCAGAUUUCAUGUCUGACCUAAUGAAAGCUCUUGAGAAGAAAAGGGGCAGCAACUCCUGAACUCUGGGAGCAGGUGAACUUCAAGCCAUAGCUGUUUUUGUGAGUCAACAUGCAAAGUUGUGCUGGAUCAGGCUCCUUCAGGACGAAUUCUC